UAUCAGGUGGUGGUAUAUGGUACGCUGGGGGAUUGGACAGAAGGGUAUACGGUACGCUGGGGGAUUGGACAGAAGGUAGCGGUAUACGGUACGCUGGGGGAUUGGACAGAAGGUAUCAGGUGGUGGUAUACGGUACGCUGGGGGAUUGGACAGAAGGUAUCAGGUGGUGGUAUAUGGUACGCUGGGGGAUUGGACAGAAGGUAUCAGAUGGUGGUAUAUGGUACACUGGGGGAUUGGACAGAAGGUAUCAGGUGGUGGUAUUCGGUACACUGGGGGAUUGGACAGAAGGUAUCAGGUGGUGGUAUUCGGUACGCUAGGGGAUUGGACAGAAGGUAUCAGGUGGUGGUAUAUGUUACGCUGGGGGAUUGGACAGAAGGUAUCAGGUGGUGGUAUUCGGUACGCUAGGGGAUUGGACAGAAGGUAUCAGGUGGUGGUAUUCGGUACGCUGGGGGAUUGGACAGAAGGUAUCUGGUGGUGGUAUAUGUUACGCUGGGGGAUUGGACAGAAGGUAUCAGGUGGUGGUAUAUGGUACACUGGGGGAUUGGACAGAAGGUAUCAGGUGGUGGUGUAUGGUACACUGGGGGAUUGGACAGAAGGUAUCAGGUGGUGGUAUAUGGUACACUGGGGGAUUGGACAGAAGGUAUCAGGUGGUGGUAUAUGGUACACUGGGGGAUUGGACAGAAGGUAUCAGGUGGUGGUAUAUGGUACGCUGGGGGAUUGGACAGAAGGUAUCAGGUGGUGGUAUAUGGUACGCUAGGGGAUUGGACAGAAGGUAUCAGGUGGUGGUAUAUGGUACGCUGGGGGAUUGGACAGAAGGUAUCAGGUGGUGGUAUAUGGUACACUGGGGGAUUGGACAGAAGGUAUCAGGUGGUGGUAUACGGUACACUGGGGGAUUGGACAGAAGGUAUCAGGUGGUGGUAUAUGGUACACUGGGGGAUUGGACAGAAGGUAUCAGGUGGUGGUAUACAGUACACUGGGGGAUUGGACAGAAGGUAUCAGGUGGUGGUAUAUGGUACACUGGGGGAUUGGACAGAAGGUAUCAGGUGGUGGUAUAUGUUACGCUGGGGGAUUGGACAGAAGGUAUCAGGUGGUGGUAUAUGGUACGCUGGGGGAUUGGACAGAAGGUAUCAGGUGGUGGUAUAUGGUACGCUGGGGGAUUGGACAGAAGGUAUCAGGUGGUGGUAUAUGGUACACUGGGGGAUUGGACAGAAGGUAUCAGGUGGUGGUAUAUGGUACGCUGGGGGAUUGGACAGAAGGUAUCAGGUGGUGGUAUAUGGUACGCUGGGGGAUUGGACAGAAGGUAUCAGGUGGUGGUAUAUGGUACGCUGGGGGAUUGGACAGAAGGUAUCAGGUGGUGUUAUAUGGUACACUGGGGGAUUGGACAGAAGGUAUCAGGUGGUGUUAUAUGGUACACUAGGGGAUUGGACAGAAGGUAUCAGGUGGUAUAUGGUACGCUGGGGGAUUGGACAGAAGGCAUCAGGUGGUGGUAUAUGGUACGCUGGGGGAUUGGACAGAAGGUAUCAGGUGGUGGUAUAUGGUACGCUGGUGGAUUGGACAGAAGGUAUCAGGUGGUGGUAUAUGGUACACUGGGGGAUUGGUUGCGUCAUUCAGUCUAUUUCUGUUUUUUAUUUGACCUUUAUUUAACUAGGCAAGUCAGUUAAGAAUAAUUUAUUAUUUUCAAUAACAGCCUAGGAACAGUGGGUCAGUGCCUUGUUCAGGGGUA